UCAUAUAAAACGAUAUCGAAGCCCGGCUACUUGAAUUAAGUCUUCGCUGUCGACUAGUCACUUGUCCAUACCGACUUUCUGCUAUUCUAUCCGACAGUCAAGUCUCUUCAUAAUGCCUUCUUCAAAACCUAAGCCUUCCGAAGUUGCGGCGGAAACGAAGCGACAUUACAUCCCGGUCAUAAGAGCGGAAUACGCCCGCCAAUGGCCAACCCAUUCGUAUCUGUUCCAACAACCGCUGGCGCAGAUUCCGCUCCAGAGCUCAAUCAGCGGAUUUUCUCCAUCCCCUCCGGAAUUUUAUGUUUGCUCGGGGGAUCCUGUCGACUUUGCCAUUGAUUGGAAAGAGAAGGUAAACAUUCGGAUACCAUUUAUAUGCGCGGCGAAUGACAAGAGAGCGGGCGGCGACUGGGAGACGGGUGUAGUGGGAUACGAAGAACGACUCUGUAGACGCAGUAACCUCUCAGCAACACUCAGCACUCCUGGUCCCGGAUCUGACGUCGAGAGUAACUACCCCAUCCCGUCCGAAGGUGGCAUCUAUUCUGAGUUUGUCGUGGUAUUCCGUGGGCCACACGACCAGUACAAGAAACUAGACCAAUGGUACGAUCUUCCGGUAGUCUCGAUGCCAGCGGCGCGCUGGCCCAAGCUGAGCCACGGCGGUUCUAAAUAUGCAUUCCCGCUGGAGCGCGAAAUGGUCAGGAACAAGAUUCGCGCCGCCCUGCGCAUCUGCGUCUAUUACGAACAUCGGACCGUCGUUAUCGGCGACUUCGGCCUGGGUAACGGCCACCGCAACCCACCACAGGAACUCGCUGAGCUCUGGCGCGAAGUGUUCCUCUACGACCCAGAUAUUCGUGGCCGCUUUGACUACGUCGCCUUCGUGUUUGAGGACCAGUACCAGAGCACCGCGAAACUAAUUCUUGACGACAUUGCCAAGAAAAGCAGGGGCAGCAGUAGUCACAGUCAUAGUCACCAUUCUAGUAGCUCGAAGAGCAAGUCGAAGGCAUCAUCCAGCUCGAGCUCGAGCUCUAGUAGCGGCUCUGGGUCGGCGCCAAGCGACUUCGAGAUAUUCUCCCGCGUCUUCGACCCCAGCGAGAUCCAGGGUGUCAUGAGCCGACCGGAUCCCCGAUACGGGAUUUCUAUGCUUACAUCGUAAAAAAAGGAAGGAAGAAGUUCUAACAUGUGCGGGAUGUUGAGUCCUCGUACGUCAUUACACAGCGUCAAGUGUUAUACGAACCCGUGCGGGUGGAUUCAACCCGACGGUCCGGUCGUAUACCGGGGCUUUUAAGUCACUUCACCAAUUCAAGGGCUAGGAGUUUUUGAUUAUUUAUCUUUGGAAUUGAGUAAUUGUGUGCAAGUCUUUGGAUAUAAAGAGUAAAGGGCCGGCCGUCAUGUUAAUUAUUCGUGUAUUCUAAUCACUUACGUUAUGUUCCCUGCUUCUAUUACAUAAUGAUAUAUCAUAAUAUCAUCUUGAACAAUCUCUUAUUAUUCAUUAUGAAACAUCAUAUAUUCCAGUUAGGUACUGAUUUUUUCUGAUACUUUAGGUCAUCGGAGCUGUAGGUAGUUUUUGAUUUUGAUAACAACCUUGGUUAACAUUUUAUAACAUAUCAGGUAUUACACUAGAUGCAUACGCAGAUAGCUAUAAAGGGGAAAAGUCUUGCUUCCGUUAUUAGGAGCAGGUCGAUCCUCUUACGAUUUCGACCGUGAAUGUCUUCAUGUGAUAUAUGGAUCGGCUAAGUCCGAUUGAAUCGCGAUCUAAGCCCCUCAACAAUCAUAGACAUGCAGCGCGUAUGAGUUAUCUACUAUAAAGCUCGAGUCACACGGAUCUUACACCAAUUCAAGAUGUAGUAGGUUAUUUAC